AUGGGUCAAUCUCGGUCCUGGUCCAGGUCUCUGAUCCUGUUCGCACUCUUUCAAAGAGGACUGGGCGGCAUCAUCAACAAAAUCCCACCGAAGACUCCGGCUGCCUCUACGUCUCUAACUACUCUCACCUCAAUCGUCUCUGAGACUGUUACAAGCACGAUCACCAGUAUCAUUCCAGUCACUACUACCCAGGCUACAUGUACCCCUGGGACUGCUCUUACCGUUUUAAAUCCCGUCAAUACUGUGUGGUUUAGUAAAAAUUACUACUGGCAGGAGCAGACUUCGUCCGUCUCACUUGCCGGCACCGAAUAUGUGAUUUAUCCUGCCGGAGGCCCCGAACUGUGUGCUAUAGAGUGCAAUGUCAUGAGGGAUUGUGUAGGCAUCAACUACAAUGGUCUUGUUCAUGUAUGCACGAUGUUGAAUACCGUCACGGCAACGUUUGCCGUCAGCAGCACGAGCUUUGCAGUGAUUGAAAAAUUCACCACCAACCCGUGUCUUACUACUCAAGUCGAAUCUUCUACUCAGCUAUCAACUGCAACAACGGUGGUUGAAUAUACGACGACCGUCAUCUCGACUGUUACUAUUUCCACCAGCAGCGCGUCUUCAUACGCCGUUGCUACAAGCACAGUGCCCUCUUCCACUGCCACGACCCCUACUGCUUCAACAUGCGUCGUUUCCGCAAUUCCAACGAGUACCACCUGUGUUGAUGGAUACUAUCGAGAUGAUAGCUACUAUUAUCAAGUCAUCUGCGAGGAUACUGAUUCAGGCUAUGCGGGAUUUGCCAUCCCCAAUUCUCCCCAGGAUGACAUAUGGGCCUGUAUCCAGGUCUGUACGGAGUACGCAGAUCUGUGUGUUGGAACCUUUUGGUAUGAAGGAAUGUGCUACUCUCCAAGCUCGUAUCUCAAUUAUCAUUACGAUUAUGAUCCCAAUGAUCCGUAUGACAAUGUGAUUCAAUACAUUGCUAUGCGGUUAGAUGGCAAUCCUUGCUCAGCAUCGAGCACCAGCGCCGUCCCAACCUCUUCAGCUAUCGCCUCUUCCGCAGCUGCUGCAUCAACCCCUUCUCUCACGUCCACCAAGGUUGUGUCUUCUUUCACCAUCGUGACACCAAGCUCUGUCGCUGUAGCAUCCUCAGCUUCAUUGUUGCAAAGUUCAUCCGCUCCUCUUACCAGAAGCUCUCCCAGUCCAACACCGUCUCGUUCUGUUCCGUCUUCCUCCAUUUCAUUCUCGACAGUGGCUGUAUCUGUCCCCGAACACAGUUCGUCUGUGCCUGCGUCUGUACACUCAGCUUCUGUGCGCGUAUCCUCUAUUCCUAUGCACUCAUCUUCCGUACACUCGUCAUCUGUGCCCGCCUCUGCACCUGCGUCCUCUGCACCUGAGUCUUCUGCACCCGUGUCAUCUUCGCCUGCUCAGUCCUCCACCUCAACUACAGAUACCAUUGCGUUCGAGACUGGGCAGACUUCCAUGCAAACCACUGCACCUGCUCCGUCUCAGUUCACCACGUCAACAGUCUUCAGUACUGAAGUAUACACUGUGACUGCCUGUCCUCCGUCGGUUACAGACUGUCCCGCAUCAGCAAAGACCACUUAUUACACUACCAAAACCGUUGCUGCCUACACCACUAUCUGCCCUAUCACCGCCGCAGAGUCUGAGACUGGUGCCGCACCCACAAGCUUAAUUGGAACCACCGGACACCCUGAAAGCUUCACUACAUCUACAAUUUACACCACCCAAGUAUAUCCUACCGAAGUAUGCCCCUCGUCAAUGAAAAACUGUGCCGAAUCACAAAAGACUACAUCACUGGUUACUGAUAUCGUGACUGUCUACACCACCAUCUGUCCUAUCACCGCUGAUAAGUCCGAGAUUGGGGCUGCACCCACAAGCUUGAUCAAACCGACUGGACAACCUGAAAGCUUCACUACCUCUACAGUUUACACCACCCAGUUGUAUCCUACUACUGUCUGCCCCUCAUCAAUCGCUAAUUGCGCUAAAUCCCAAAAGAUUACAUCAGUGGCCACUGAGACUGUAGUAGCAUAUGUGACAGUCUGCCCUGUUUCCGACGCGGAGACUGCCUCGGCUGCUUUCACUGAGGCCCUUUCUCCCGGCCAAGAAUCUACCGCCACCCUUACAACUGUUACUUAUAUCACAAAGCCCAUCACUAUGACUACAGAUUAUAAGACGGUUCAUGGCACAUCAACUUUCGAGACAACAGCAACCUACCUCAGCAGCAUGAUCAUCCCAGUGACCACGACAGUUGUUGUCGUGGAUACCGAAACAAUCAGCGCUUCGAAGGAAACUCCCAACUCUCAAACCAGUGGAUCUGGCGCUGGCGCUGAAUCCUACUAUUCCUCAGUGACGAUCCCUUCCACAACCGCCGCAUCAUCUUCGGCAUUCGUUUAUUCAGCUACUGGGGCCGUUCAGAAUGGCUCAUCCGCGACUUUCAGCUCCUCAUCUGGCACAUCUGCUACUACUUCCCUAUACACUGGUAGUGCAUCCAAGACGACUAUUUGA